AUGGGGCUGAUGUCGGCGACCAUCUUCUCGGCCAGCUCGGCAACUACCCGGGCGGUGCCGGAGAGCAAAGUGGCCGCAACUUAUUUGCCCCUUAAAAACUUAAGGACCACCCUUUACAAUCCCCUGAAAGGGUUCUACAAGGAGUCUUUUGCAGCUUGCUUUGUGGAACAUGCUGCUAAAACGGCCGAUUUCGUGUCACGCUGCGUGACGACGCAUGCCGUUGUCUCUGCAGGAUGGGCAGUCGCUGGCAUCGACGAUCGCCUGGGCCCUAGAAUGAUGCCCAGACUCUCGUCGGGCUUCCGGAAUCCUAUCGAAGCCGGCAGCGCCCAGUGGCGGGAAGCCUACGACGACGGCACCUACCAUGGGUUCGGAAUGAGCAGCGAGAUGAAAGCCCGGUUUCAGGAGAUCCAGGCCACGCAGGCGGUCGGGCCUCGGGCCCGUGCGCUGGCGAAGAUGCGCGAGCUCAUCUACUGCUCCCGGCCAAAGCUGCUCGCCUACUGGCAACGGCUUGACCACUACGGCCAAGGCUGCAACCGGCCUUCGACCUUUCGUUUCAGCAACGCCGAAGGGCCCGAAAUCACCCAGGUGGUUGCAGAUGACGAGUUCCCCUGGGCCCGGGACCCAGCAACCGGUGUGUCGAGUAUUGCAAGGAGCUUGCUCUACGCCUUCUUCGUCUAUGACCCGGCGAAUGUCACGUCGAGCCGCGCUCCCACGACUCCCUUCGUGCAAUUCAAGGGUUUGAAGGCAACCUCGUCGUCGGAGGAUUUCACCGACGACAAGCUCUCAGCUUACCAAGGCCUGCAGAUCCACUUAAUAAAGUACGAGGACCUGUGGUCACAAGUUGACACGAGCCAGAUGUGCGCCACCUACUACGACGUCCAGGCGGGCCUGAGCCAAGUGCAGGAUCACCUCAUCAUACGCAGAAAUAAAGGGCAAAGCUUGGCUGAUGUCAACGUCUACCGACACCAGCUUCGAUUCGGGAAGAAGGAGCCGGACGAGAAGUUCCUUAUCAAAACAGGUGGGGUGUACUACCUUGUCGUUUCGAACUGUGGUUCGUUUGACCAGGCGUCCAUCUCCGGCCAGGUCAUCGUUAAGAAUAGCCAUGGCUUCCUCCCGGCCAAUGAGUACAGCAAGAUGCCCUUCUACGGCAUUUCUGGCAUCGUUUGCGCUGUGCUGUUCCUCAUCUGGGUGCUGCUGUGCGUGCGGUGGUGGACUGAGCUCUUCAACAUUCACCUGUGUAUUGCCGCGGUCUGCGGCCUGGCGGUGGCCGAGUCAGGGCUGUGGUACCUCUUCCUGGUAGACUGGAACAGCAGCGGCAUUCACAGCAACUUCCUCUUCGCAGCCUCAGUGGUCUUGUCUGUGACCAGGUCGACUGCCUCAUAUAUGCUGGUCCUGCUAGCUUGCUUGGGCUGGGGCGUGACGAAGCCAAUUCUGGACGGCUCUACCCUUUGUCGCAUCCUCUGCUUGUCGUUCAUUUACAUCGUGCUCAAUGUGAUUCGGGAGAUUGUGUUGGCAUACAGCCACUCCCAAGCCAUCCCCAUUCCCUUUGUCCUCCUCUGCCUCGUUCCUGUUUCGAUUCUCAACGGCAGCAUAUUCUACUGGAUCUUCGCAGCCCUGACAGGGCUCAUGGAGACGCUGGAGUCUCAGGGGCAGACCGAGAAGCUGCAGAUCUUCAAGAAGCUGUGGUGGAUCCUUCUGAUAGCCAUCGCCUUCGCGGUGGGCGUCCUUAUGGCCCAGGUGUUUAUCUUCUCCCGCGACUUCCCGGCGCGGUGGGAGGAGCAGUGGAUGUUUACGGAUGGCGCGCCGCAGGUCGGCUACCUCUGUGUGCUUGCCGCGAUUAUGUGCCUCUGGGCACCCAACGAAGACAGCCAGCGGUUUGCGUACUCUGCGCAAAUCGACCCCAACGCGGAUGAGCAAAAGGACAGAUCCUGGGUGUGGGCGCGGGUGUAG